AAUAGAAAUCAAUAUAAAAGAUGCAUUUUUGAGAUUCUAUUAUUUUUUGAAUCAAGCUAUUAUAAUAGAGAUGGUGCUUUUUCAGAUCCAAAGCUCUGCCCACAGCUGUGCGACGACACCAGGCUCAGUCUUUGCUGAGUUUUUUUAGCCCUUUAAAUUUUGGAGAUACAUUGAAAAAAGCAAAUUAUGUAUUUCCAAAAUUAUGUAUUUCCAAAUCCAGGAGAACUAAUAAAUAAACCUCUAAAUUUCUUGAUUUUAAGGCUCUCAUACCCCUUCUCAAUCAGUCUGACAUAGCAAGGUAAGUGACUUCAAGGAGCAAUUUUUGUUUGCUUUGUAUUUAUUUAAAGUCUGUGUUAGGCAUAUAGACCACUUUUUGGCUCACAAAUGCUGUGUGUUUGGGUUUUUCUGCUGUUUUUUCUUGACAUUGCUGCUGGAGCUGAAGAGGACAACUCCUGCCCCCUCCAUGUCCUUUGACAUUCACUCCUUGCUGUGCUGUUGCACAUCUACUCUCUUUUGUGAGAAUUACUUAGUUCCAGUUCACCUUUGCAUAGUGAGCAGUUUAUUUUAAAUACGUGGUGUGUUGUGAGGAACGAAACGUGGUUGCUCUUUUCCCAGCAUCCUACCAUAGCAUUUUGAACAAAAAUGGCUAAUUAUUCAAAGUUAGCUUUAAUAUAUGCUAGACUGCAGUAUGUGGUUGCUUACUGCUCUUUCCUGUGCAGAGCAAAGAUUCAGAAAGUUUUUAAAGUAAAUUGCAGACUCGGUUCUCAGCUUCCUCCUGGGCAGUUGAUGGGUUGGGGGUUGUGCCCUGUCAAAUCAGCCUUUUUUUGACAGUUAUUUCUCUGCAGGCUUGACUUGAACCCAAGUGUCAGGCAGGGGUGGGAGCCACUAAGCUCAGGAAACUUGAAGGAGAAUAAAUCCAAGAAACCUUUUCCAAAUUUCUUCCUGAAAUGUGUGAAAAAUUAUUGCUGGUUUUUACUGUAUGUUGCAGUAUUGUACUGUUGUGUUUUGUACUUUGAAGAUCUGUUUUAUGGGGUGGCAGUCACAUUUAUGUUUAGACUGGUGCUCUCCCAUAAAAAGGGUAUUAAACUUCACCUUUUCGGGGGUGACUUGUCACAAGCCCACCAAAUGUCUGCUCAGCCCUGCUGAAAUGUCUCCAUGCAAGAAGGAAAUGGCUGUGUAUUAUGUCCUCCUUCCCUGCAUUGAACACUUCUGAGCAGCAUCUCACUAAAGCAAGCUUGAAAAGCAUCAAGUCCUUGGACUGCUUCCUCUUUCUCAUGCUAACAGGAGCCAAGCUCACCCCAUGUAUUAUAUUUAUGUAAAAGACAUUAAGGACGGUUAGUUAAAUGUCUGUUUGGUCUAGACUGUGCCCUGGUUAUCUGUGCCUGAGUAGCUCCACUGGACAGCACUAUUUGCACAAACCAUCGGUUAGUCUGAGAGUAAAUUAAUCAGUUUUCUGCCAAAGCACUGACCUCCUGCGAUUGAUUGACCUGGCGAGCUGCCCCCAGCUGACAACAGGCCAUAAAAAAGGGACUUCUGAGCAAAGGAGUGUCAUUAGACUCUGAGCUGCUUGGAGCCAUGAGGCCAAUACUGCUGGCUGUGGUUUACAUCCCAUUCAUCGUGGCUGUGGAACGAAUUCCCUUGAUUCGAUUCAAAUCUAUCAAGAAGCAGCUGAAGGAAAAGGGAGAAUUAGAGGAAUUUUGGAGGAAUCACCACCCUGAUGUUUUUGCCCGGAGGUAUCUGCAUUGUUUCCCUGCAGAUAUUGCUUUAUCAGUAGGAACUACUUCAGAAAGGCUGUACGAUUACAUGAAUGCACAGUACUACGGGGUUGUGAGCGUCGGGACGCCGCCCCAGAGGUUCACUGUCGUGUUUGACACCGGCUCCUCCAACUUCUGGGUCCCGUCCGCUUACUGCAUCAGCGAGGCCUGCAGAGUGCACCAGAAAUUUAAGUCCUUCAAGUCAGACUCAUAUGAACAUGGAGGGGAAGCCUUCUCCCUGCACUAUGGCUCAGGACACCUUCUGGGCAUUGCUGGCAAAGACACACUGCAGAUAAGUAACAUCUCCAUCAAGGGACAGGACUUCGGCGAGUCGGUGUUUGAGCCAGGAGCAACUUUUGUCCUUGCCCACUUUGAUGGUGUACUGGGCUUGGGCUACCCCUCCUUAGCAGUGGGCAAUGCUCUGCCUGUGUUUGACAGCAUCAUGAACCAGAACCUGGUAGAGGAGCCAAUCUUCUCUUUCUAUCUGAAAAGAGGAGAUGACACUGAGAAUGGCGGUGAGUUGAUUCUGGGGGGAAUAGACCAUUCUCUCUACAAAGGUUCAAUCCACUGGGUCCCAGUCACUGAGAAAAGCUACUGGCAAAUACACAUGAACAAUAUAAAGAUCCAGGGCCGGGUGGCAUUUUGCUCCCAUGGCUGCGAAGCCAUCGUUGACUCAGGCACUUCUCUUAUCACCGGCCCCUCUUCACAAAUCAGGCGAUUGCAGGCAUAUAUCGGGGCAAGUCCAUCAAAUACUGGAGAGUUUCUCGUAGACUGCAGAAGAUUGUCGAGCUUGCCUCACAUAAGCUUCACGAUCGGACACCGCGAAUACAAGCUGACAGCAGAGCAGUACAUUGUAAAGGAGUCUAUUGAUGACCAAACCUUCUGCAUGAGUGGCUUUCAGUCUCUUGACAUCCCCACUCGCACUGGCUCGCUCUGGAUUCUAGGAGAUGUCUUCAUGUCUGCAUUUUACUGUAUUUUUGACCGUGGGAAUGACAGAGUGGGAUUUGCAAAAGCUGUUCACAGGAAGGAUUACUACUGAGCCAUAAUAGCAUUUAUUCUGUCUCAAGUUAAUGAUCUUUAACACAUGUGUGAAGAAGAGUUUUUACUGAAACUCUGGACCUAAAUGCACAUUGUGUUGUUGUGUUGUCCCCCUCCAAGUUUUAAGGACUUUGCAGUGAUCCUUGUCCCAGAUGAUAUAGUUUGGUUACGUAUCUAUAUGUUUACAACGGAAAACCAAUUUUUCCCGAGUAACUCAUGGACACUAUAGCUCUCAGCAUAAAGCAGCAGAGCAGCUCAGCAUUCCGAUUUGCAAAAGAUCAGAAAGAAUAAAAAUGCUGAACUGUGCCAGGCUGAAAAGACAGCAGCUGUAUGUGGAGAAAACUAAUCCUAGUCCUGCCUGGUCUGGCUAUCCUUUUUUUCUUCUUGUGUGCUAGUUUCCAUCUCAUUUCCUACAGCUUUCCUUUCCAUCAUUAUUUUCCAUGGUUUGGUUUUUGUUCAAUUUUGUUUCCUGAGUGCCAUGGAAAUUCUCUUUAAAUUAGUUUGCUCCAACUAGCUUAUAUGAAAGGGAAUUUGACUGAUGCCUGUAUGGCCACUAAUUUCGACUACUCUUCCUUGCACGAUAUCCUGCUCCUUACACAACUUCUCAAACCUGUUUUUUUCCCUGGGGUUCAUUAUCCCUUGAUAAUUCGCCUUUUUUGGGUCUUGGCAUUUGACAUCCGUGCCUUAGGUCAGGUUCUGCUUUUAGUGCCUGACUCCUCUGCCCCUCAGUGGUGUGAGCAGCUGGAGCAGCAUCUCUUCACUUUAGAAAACCAGACUGCAGCCUGUGCAAAGGGAUACCAGUGCUCCUCCUCCUCAGAUGAGUUAUGGGACACACGCACCAGCAAUACACAUCUAUUGCUCCUUGCUCAGCCACUUGUCAGCAGUAGGGAGUUUUAGAUGAAACAGCCACAGGUAGCUGCACUGAUUUGGCAAAAGAUUCACCUAAAUUCUACCCAUUGGAGUAUUUGUUUGGAUUGCUAAAGCUGA